AUGCCCUUCCUGCAGCACCAAAAGCUAUGCGUGUACUUUUCGACUAUAUUUCCGAGACCACCUGGGAGCACAGGCUCAUCAGUGGCUGGUUCAAAGCUUUGGACCCGGAAACAUGGGAGCAGUAUCACACAUGCUACCAAAGGCUUCGAAAAGAGGGGGAAACUAGGCCACCUUGACUCAGGUGCCAAUGACUGGAGAUGUUUCCUCGGCCACGCUCUUCUCAUCAACACCUACGUCGACCCUCACAAGGACCCUGGAGACGUAAAGAAGGGGUGGGUUUUCAAUUACCCAUGGAUGGACUUCGAGGGCGGUGAUGCCGUCUACGUGGAUCUGGCGCUGCGAUUUAGGCAACGGGCGGGAGACUUUAUCAUGUCCAGAUCCUGCGUCCUCACCCACAUGACCAUGCUGAUUACCACCGGUCAACGCUGGGGAAACACUUGGUUUACGAAGGCGGACAUCCUAGAGACCCCAAUAGCAGACAACUUCUGCCAAGAGCCAGGAUGUUCCGCAAGCUACACCAGUCCGAAUGGCUUGCAAUGGCACAGGAAGAGGUAUCACAUCAAGGACAGCCCGGUGGAAAAAGAUGCAGGGGGUCAUGUUGUUGACGAUGGUAUGCUUGCUCAGCAAGGAGAAGACGCUGAGUUUGCGGGACUCGGGAUGGACGGCGAGAUGCUGUUCAGAGAAGAUGAUGAGAUGUUUCCUGAAGAAGGAGAAGAUGAAGGGAAAAUGGAACGAGAAGAGGUCGAUGGUGAUGCGAAAAGAUGUUGGACGAGUGAUCAGAAGAUCGCUGCAAGGGGCACUGGAAUGCGUGGGACAACUUCUUUGAACAUCGCCGCAUCAAGUCUUAUACUAUAUUUCCGAAUGCUAUACAUGUAUCGCUGUUUCUAUCAAUAUACAGUGUCAUCAAGUCCGCCGAAUCUCACGUUCACAUUUUUGCUUUUUGCCCUCCGUGGUACUAGUACUAUCCAUGACGAGUAG